AUGAUCUCUCACCACAAGGAGACAAAUCUCAAUUCACCAUCACCACAGACACCACCAAAUACCUUGGCAUUCCAUACAAACCAACCACAUUCAAAACAACUUAGACAGCCAGUGACUCCUAAUCAUCAUAGAAUCAGAAGAUCGUCAUAUUCUUAUCAAUCCUUACUUUCGUUUGAACCAAUAGACAACUCUACCGCACAAGAACAACAGCCAGCACCAUCACAAGAACAAUCAACACCAAAAUCAUCUUUGUCAACUUCUAAUUUAACAAACAGAUUUAAACAGAAGCUAAGUUCUUAUCGUCAUAUAAUGGGUCAACAAUUAUCACAAUUAGAUUCCAGAAGAAGUUCUUCAGUUAAUACAACUAAUGAUUCAUCAUUCCCACCGGAUGACAACCAACGCCACCAUCACCACCAUCAUCAUCGUAAUAAUAUUGAUGUAUCGACUCAGGACCCAUCAUUCCCACUUCUGUACUCUGCUUCCAUACGGCGUCAUCUUAGUGUUCCUACAUUGAAUCAAGAUGAAAUGCUGCAGGUAAAAGCAGAAAAUUCAACUACACUGGCUGAUUAUCAUGAUGAAGAAAUGUUGCCUGCGGAUAGUGCGGAUUCCGGAUUAGCUUUACAACCAAUCACAUCUCCAUUAGAUAAUCCUCAUCCAUAUCCUUCUACAUUUUAUUUAUCACCCAUCACCUCCAAUGAAUCACGAUAUUCUAAUGAAUCAUAUGAUGAAUAUCGACACCCUCAUAAUGAAGAUUAUAUUGUGGAUGAAUCUCCUUCUUCUUCGGUGGGUACACUUCCUCCCAAGACUGAAUCAAUUGAUGAUGUAAUUAUGCAAGACGAGGAAGUACCUGUAGAGAAAGUUAUAGGAGAACUGGAGGAACAGUUUUCACCCCUUUUAUCACUUCCCUUGGAAAUCUUAUAUCGAAUUAUUGAAUAUGUUUAUGUUGAUCAUGAUAUUUCUUCAAUUAAUUCCAAUUUAGAGAAUUUCGCCAAUACAAUUCCAUUAUUAUCAAAAAAAUUCCAUCAUUUAUCAUUAUGUUUUUUAUAUAAAUAUACGAUUUUUAAUCGUCCUCAUUCAUUUGAUAAAUUCUUACAUAAUUUAAACAGUAAUCCAAUUAUUGGGAAAUAUGUUGAAUUUAUGGAUUUUCAACAAUUUACAUCUAUUGGAUUAGGACGUACUGGUAGGAUGAAUCAAGAAAUUCAAAUGGUGACUUCAAAAACUAUAUCAAAGGCUUUGAAAAUGACACCUAAUUUAUUAGAAUUCUUAGCCCUGGAAAAUAUUCAAGAUGAUAUGGAUAUUGUUGUAUUGGAUUUAUUAUUUAAUAAAUUACCCAAAAUAAAAGCAUUAGACUUUUGUGGAGCAAGUAGUGAAGCAUUUGCAAAAGCUUUUGAUGCAUUACAAAUCAAUCAAGAUUUAACAAUUACAAAACUUUCCCUUCAUGAUUGUUCAAAUUUACAUCCAGAUGUAUUUGCAAAAAUCUUACCCAGAUUAAUUCAUUUACAAAGAUUAGAUUUAAAUCAUACUUCAAUCACUUCAACUAUCUUACUUGAAAUCCCUCGUCUGACAAGAUUGACUCAUUUAUCAUUAGCUAGAUGUUCACAAUUGACAACUAAAGAUUUAAUUAAUUUCUUAGUUAGUCAUCCAGCAGUAUGUAAAGGAAGUUUAGAAUGGCUUAAUUUACAAAUUGAUUCAAAUGUCGUUAGCCCCCUUUCUGACAUUUAUUUAUUAUACACCUUAAAACAUCUCAAUGCCCCACAAUUGGCAUAUUUAAACCUUGGAGGAAUGCCAGUGAAUUUCAAAUGCCUAAUCACAAUCAAAAACCGAUUCCCGGAAUUAUUAAGUCUAAACAUCUCCCAUGCAAACUUAAAACUCGAAGAUUUGAAUGAAUACAUGAAGGAAAAUAAAAUCAUGUAUCUCGAUAUCACCGGUAUAAAAACCAUCACCAGAUUCAACCUCCCCUCCUUCCUAAAAAUAAACUUCAAUAGUUCCCUAGUCGCAGUUGAAUUCGACUAUAAGAUUCUCUACGACUUCACCUCCAAUGGAGACUAUAACAGAAUCUCCCCCAUUCAAACUUCAUACAUCGAAGAAUUAGCCCCACCCCAAAUCUGGAUUAAAAUACUGUUACUUCCAGCCUCUAGAACCUAUAUAUUUUAG